UCCUGGGACGCAGGGGCCGGCCUUGCAGCCCCUCCUGGGAGCUGUGCAGCCCGGGUUUGGUCGCGUUUCUCAGACGCCCCUGCCUUGCUGUUACAGACGGCCAAUGGGAACGUGGAGGCCAAGGUGGUGUGCUUCUACCGGAGGCGGGACAUCUCCAGCACCCUCAUCGCCCUGGCCGACAAGCACGCAACCCUGUCAGUCUGCUAUAAGGCCGGACCGGGGGCGGACAACGGCGAGGAAGGGGAAAUAGAAGAGGAAAUGGAGAACCCGGAAAUGGUAGACCUGCCUGAGAAACUAAAGCACCAGCUGCGGCACCGGGAGCUGUUCCUCUCCCGGCAGCUGGAGUCCCUGCCCGCCACACACAUCAGGGGCAAGUGCAGCGUCACCCUGCUCAACGAGACCGAAUCGCUCAAGUCCUACCUGGAGCGGGAGGAUUUCUUCUUCUAUUCUCUAGUCUACGACCCACAGCAGAAGACCCUGCUGGCAGAUAAAGGAGAGAUUCGAGUAGGAAACCGGUACCAGGCAGACAUCACCGACUUGUUAAAAGAAGGUAGGGUGGGCCGCCCUGGGCACGGCACACUGCAUCCUGUCCUGCCCUGCCGGGUGACACACUGGGCAGGAGGAGGCUGGGACAUGGCCGCCGUGUCAGUGACUCCUGUGUGACUGGGGGCAGCAGGCGCAGGCCUGGGCUCUGUCCACACGGGUAGUGCGUGUGGGCUGGUGUCCCGGAGCCUUCCCCCACCCACUCCUGGUGGUGGUGGGGUUCUGGGGAAGCCCCAGACCCUCAGGCAGGACGUGGUGAUCAGUUGUCCCUGCACAGUGAGACCUGGUUUCCUUGUGGCAGUUGUUUUUCUUUUUC